GAGAGGAGAGGCGUGAAUGUGUUAUAAUUUUACAAUGUACCGAGGCCCGAUAAGAUCCGCCCUACACGGUUGGGAGGAAAAAAAAUAUUGGAUCCCUGUUACACAAUGACCUGCUUGUGACCCCCCAGUAGUACAGAUGGUGGCCUUCCCUGUGGCCUUGAAUAGUGCUAAGUGUUUGCCUAAACCUUACUGAUCCGUGGUUAAAAGAGUUUGGAUUUCAUUUUUUAUCUGCAGAUAAUGUAUUACAUAUAGGUAUAAAAAGAACUGUGCCACCCUGAUGCGUGGAAAGAGGAAGCGACCUAGCGGUAUGACACAAAGCUGACAACAAUUGACCACAGACCGGAGGAGAUCAAAGGAGGACAGGGAAAUCGAGGAUGACGGACACACUGGAUAACUUGGACCUAGCCAUGGACUAUCUGACAACGGAGGAUGACCAGUAUCGGACUGUGACCAGUCUCAGCUCCUAUAUCAGUACGCUCGAUCUGGACGAUAUGGCGGGCCGAGUCACAGGAGGAAUACUCAAGUUUGAGUUUGAUGGAGGAUCAAAUUGUGAUAAGCCCCACCAGAGUUACUUUGUCACACUCAAUGAAGAUUCCUCCAUGGAUAACCUGGCUAAGUACAUGUCUAAGAUCUGGAGGAAGCGCACCCCAGACAUCAUCCUCUCUGUCAUUUCCAGCAUCACUCACUUCAAGACAUGGGAAGAUCUAGCACAGGUGGAGGACUUCCAGGCUGGUCUCACACAGGCUCUGAACACAACCAACAUGUGGGUGUUGACUAACGGUCUGGACGGAGGUAUAUCUAGAAUCGUGGGAGAUGCCCUUCACAACGAACACGAACGUCGCUAUAUCCUGCUCUCUCGAGCCAACACGACGUAUGGAAAAAUAGCCAACUCCGCUCACGUGGAUGAACUGACCAAACUGACGGUCAUUGGAAUUGUCCGGAAGAAUGCUCUAUCUUAUGGAAGUGAUAUAGCCACAAAUCAUGAUGUUGUAGUCCAGUUGAAGAACAAAGGACUGAGAGCCAAGCGGCACGCCUCUGAGCUGAAUGCGGAGCACUCUCACUUCAUUCUGUUAGAGGGGAUAGAGGACCAGAGAGAUAACAUGUCCCUGAGAUACAAAAUCGAGGAAAGACUCCUCACUCCGAUUGGACGAGGCAAAAGAUAUCGAAAACUCAACCUCAGCGAUCCAGCACUAAAUCUAGAGGAUGCUUCAUUUCUCCACAAUCACUCAGAUAUUAUCAGCGGUACAUGUACCCCUAUGGUGGGAUUACUGAUACAGGGUGGACCUAUCGACAUCGAACAUGUUGUGGAUCUUCUAAGGAAAAGAGUUCCUGUCCUUGUAGUCAAGGGAUCAGGACUGGCAGCUGAUCUUGUUGCAUUUGUGUUCAACGAAAAAAUUUUAUACCCGGGAGAUGAGCAUGACUCUUUCCUGAAACAGGAGCUGAUUAAGAGGAUGUUGGUGUGCUACCCUAACGAUUUCCAGGACGAUGAACCGGCCAGGAAUCACUGCCGAGACUUAAUCAUCGAGUGUGCCAGUCUGGCACUCCAGGACAACCGAAAGUGCAUUACCAUUCUGGAUAUUGAGAAUGAUCCAUCUGCCCUCAAAAAUCUGGACAAGUACAUCCUUCUGGCCUUGUUUGAAUCUCAAGGUACAAAGCAGGGGGUCCAGUUUGAGGAACAGUUUCAGUCGGACUUGAAGCUUUGUAUGGACUGGAAUAGAUGUGAUUUAGCUGAGUCUCGCAUAUUUAGGAAAUAUGCCUGGAAAUCUAUAAAGAUUACUCCCGAGCUGUUUGAUCCAAAUCUUGUAAAACUGAACUGGCUAUUUCUGGAGAGAGGACGGUGUAUCCACGACCUCUACCUCAACCACAUCAAACUGCUGUUCUUAUUUUACUCAAAGAUUGCCUAUGACCCAAGGGCCCUCUUGGCCCUGAUUUAUUGGGGUACCCUCACUAACAACCACAAGCAGGUGAAAUCCCUGUGGAUGCAGUCCGAGCAGCCCAUGGUGACCGCCCUCAUUAUCAGCCGAAUCUGGCACCAGCUGUCCAAAAAGUGGGUCAAGGAUCUGGACACGAAAAGACAACUCAAAGAGAAUGCUAUAGCAUUUGGAGAGCGUGCUGUUGAGUUGUUGAGUAUAAGCUACAAUGAUUCUGCACUUCAUGCCAUUGCUUCACUGGAUGACAAACUCCCAGAAUUUGGCAACAAAACUGUCACACAAGUGGCACAGCUUUGUAGGAACAAGUACUUCAUUGCACACAAAAGCUGCCAAAAAUGGCUAAUGCAUCGAUGGCAUGGCAGCCUGCGAAUUAGAGAGGUUGACUAUGGAAUUUUCAAACUUCCAGAAUGGUUAAAGAUUUACAUGUGUGUUAUAUUCAUCAUUCCAAUGUUUUUCUGGAUUACCUAUGAUGUCAAGAAAAACAGUAUUGCUAUCAAAGAAGAGGAGGAUGAGGAAGAUGAGGAUCAUUUAGAAGUGCCUGAGACGAUGCCUCUAUCUGGAGAGGAGAAGUGGAAGAGAAGCAGGAAAGGAAAUAUCCGUUAUCAUGUGAAGGAGAUGUUGUCUUACGGAAAACAGAAUCUGAAAGUUCCCAUCUAUCUCCAGUUUUACUUGUUCUACAGCGCUCCCAUUGUGAAGUUUUAUAUCAGUCAGUUUUUCUACGUUCUGUACCUCCUUUUGUUCAGUCUGGCUGUCAUUAUACCGUCCUGUGGUGACAUCCAGAUCGACAUCAUUCUGUACUUCUGGACAUUUAUGUUAUGGAUUGAAGUUGUGCGCAAGACAAUCAUGAAGAAAAAGAACCACAAGGAGCUGAAGGUUCACUGGACGGUUGUGGAGAUCGUCCUGAUCUUUAUGUACCUGAUGGUGAUCGGAAUCAUUCGAAUCAUCCCGCGAUACAUUCCCUCGGUCCGAUAUACCACGGCUAAGUUUGUGAUGAGUCUAGGCCUCAUCUACUUCUACUACAGAACUAUGAACGUCUACUUCCGUAUCAGCCCAGUGCUGGGUCCCAUGAUGAUCAGCGUCAAGAGAAUGAUACGGCAUGACUUCAUCACUUGGUUUAAGAUGUUCAUGAUUAUCAUGGUAUCUGGAGGUAUAGCUAUCCAAGCCACACUGUAUCCUAAUUACCCCUUGUCAGAGUAUGGUAUAACCAUGGCUAUCAGCAGGGCUUUGUUCGCCAUGUUUCUCACCAAAAUUGACGACCUGGAUGGGGGUAGUCCAAAGUGCACUUCUUUUUAUGACAAUCAGACAACACGUGUGUGUUAUGAUGCAGCCGCUUCCUUUUGGAAUCGAAACAUCACCAGAGUGCGAUUUUCCCAUGAAAAUGCAGUUUGUCCCCACCGGAGUUUUGGGGGAUACGCUGUCACUAUACAAUAUCUCCUCCUAACCAAGCUAAUCUUCAUCACCCUGCUGUAUGCCUUGUUCAGUGCCACCACUACUAAGAUCCAGGCGGCAUCAGAACAGCUGUGGAAGUUCCAGCUCCACAGUCUGAUUGUGGACUUUGAGACCCGCCUCAGGCUCCCGGCACCGCUGAAUUUCCUCAGUUACCUCAUCAUGGUGCUGGAGCAGAUAUACAAGAUUGUGUUAUGGAUUUAUAAAUGGAUAUGUCGCUCCAGCUGUUGUGUGAAACACACAGCAUUGGCAAAGAAUGACAAGCAGGUGUCAGUGGUGCAGCAUUCUGACUUCACGUUUUGGAGAACUUUAAUGAAGAAGUUAAAGAAGCAGCAGAAGGAAGAAGACUGGAUUAAUGCUAAUCUGUGGAAACCAUUCAUGUUUCUCUUACUUAAUGCACAGAGACCUCUAGAGCACAAGCAGAAAAUCCAACAGCUUUUGACACAGACAUUACUUCAAAUGCAGUUUAACAACAAACUUACGGAACAGUUGUCCAGUUUGGAGCGCCACAUCAUGAGAUGUGAAAUGGCUCUAGAACAAGUUCAUCACAAAAUGGACACUACAGACCCCAAAAAGAGGCCAGAGCUGGAGAAGGCAACCAAUCUCCACAUGGCCAGCCGGGAAUCCCCGUACCCCGGCACCACUAUACAGAGGUUUCCAGUGUUUGACAAGUUCAUAAACUGGGAGGAGCCCUUCUCUGCCUAUGAUCCUGUUCUGUACACCAAACCUACAGAGGAGUACCCGGUAGAUGUGCGGCCUAUGAUAGACGUGGAUUACAUUGACCUUAUUUAUAAGCUGGAGGACGUGAGUCUGGGUCAGGAUGACCGUCUCAGUAUCCUGUCAUCUCAGACCAUUCACAAGCCGCUGUGGAAUGUGGUGGCCAGCUAUAAUAUCAACGAUGUUAACCUUGAGAUUAAUCGCAUGUCAUGGAUUGACAAAGAUGGUGUUCCAAUCAAAUACACACUGGAUUCCUAUAAUAUACCACUAAAUCCCAGUGGUAGAACAGGUGUUCGUGGGCGGGGCAAACUGUGGCGCUGGGGGCCAAACCACUCGGUGAAGGUGGUCAUCUCCAGAUGGAAACGAUACAAGUCAGAUGACAGCUUCCUCAAGGUCAACAAUAAAAGGGUCAUGGAGGUCAUUGUGCUGCAGAAGAGUGCAACAGGGGAGCUCACUCUGCCUGAGGGAAAAGACCAUGGCCACAUGUCUCUUUAUUCAGCCGUGUGCCAGAAAUUUUUGAUCAAGGUGUUUGGUCAGAAAGAAGUAAAAAUCAAUGAACAAAUGACUGAAAAUCAAAUGGUUGAGUUCUUUGAGCAGUUUGUGGAGCCCCAUCCUGGCCCUUUCACUGGAUUUACCUCAGGGAUAAUUUACAAGGGCUACAUGGAUGAUCCGUGUAACACUGACAAUGCCUGGAGAGAGGCUGAGGUCUGGAACAUACAUUACCAUGUUCCAGAUAACCUGGAUUCAAAGAUUGUCAAUAAGGAGAAGAGGUGGAAGGAGGUGUCAUCUUAUUUCCACCUGCCAGGAAACCAGAAUCUUAUAGUUCAAGAGACGGCACGAAUCAACGGGGCUUAUUAUGUUUAAAAAUCACAGCACAUCCAGGAGAUAGCUCCAAUGAACGUAGCUUAUUGUGUUUAUACACUGAAGUUCACAAUAAGUUCCUACUCAGGAAACAGCUCAAAUUAACAGAACUUAUUAGUAAUAACAAUGCAGUUUACAACAUGUCCUGUUAUCAGUUCAGUGAAAGUAUAAGACUGGUUGUUUUUCAGGGAUAUUUUAUCCUAUAUGUAUAUAAUGACAGCUCUAUAAAUUAAAAUCUCAACAACAGAUAUGCUGAAAUGCAGGUGCCUUCAUCACUUUGUUUUUUUUAUUACUGCUUACUGUUUUAAAGUAGGUGUGAAUUAAUGCAAAUCAUUUUACAAUUUCUGGAUUUUUUAUUUCAGUAUUUCUAUGGAUUGUGUGUGACAAUUAAUUAUUGAAUUUUUUUUCAUACCAUCUUGAAGUUCAUAUGUUUUUUUUGUUUUUUUUUUGUAUAAAUAUUAACAUUCAUUUAUAGAAUUCUUAAAGUGCAGCUUAGUUGAGGACUUUGAAAUGCCUUUUUUUUUUUUUACAAUAGUAAAUUUUUAUAUUAAUUGCUACCUCUAUCCCUUAAUUAUUUCAUUAGUUUAUAACACUCAGGAUAUUUUUUUGAAAUGCAUGUUUGCCAAAGGAGGUAAUAUUAAAACGGGUAUUCAUUUUUGCAAGUUUUUGUUUAUAGAUGGGUAUCAGCUUGCCUUUUUAUAUAUAGCCCUAGCAGACAAGUCUGAUUAAAUAUUUUAAGAAUCAGCAUGUCUAUCUUCCCAGCUGUCCAUUAAUAUUUUUAUGGAUAUCUUGAAAAGUUGAUUUCCCCCAAAAACUUUGUUGAAAUUAGAUGAAAUGUUUAGAUAUACGUAUCUUGUACUUUUUGAUUUAUUUCUGAAAACUUACCAAAAAAUUAAAACCAUUUUUGAAGUCUUAAUGAACAUAACUUUUGUGCAAAGAAAAAA